GAGGCGGGACGCACGGGAUCUUUUCCUGCAGCCGGGCCGGGGUCUCCCGCCCGGUGGCUUCUCGCGUGCUUGGCGCCUCAAUACCCGUGGCACCCGCCGGCCGCACGAAAGAUCGAGGAGGCCGAGCCUGCGAGGGCCUGGUGCAUUGGCGCAUCUCUCGAGCGGAGACCCUUCUUCAGCAGUUGCCGCGAAGAGACAUGAGGGACGGAGUCGGCCCGAGGCUCAGUGAGACGGACACGGGGUCGGCCUGCUAGAGGUUCCGAGAACGGCGCUGCGGCGCGAGGCCGUCUUCCGGAGCGAGGGGCGCGCGGCGGCGGCGGCAUGUUCCCGCGGAGGCCGCUGGCCGCCUGGCUGGCGGGGGCGCGGGGCGGGGGCCUGCUGGGCCUGCUGGCCAAUCAGUGCCGCUUCGUGACGGGGCUGCGCGUGCGGCGCGCGCAGCAGAUCGCGCAGCUCUACGGCCGCCUCUACUCGGAGAGCUCGCGCUGCGUCCUGCUCGGACGCCUGUGGCGCAGGCUGCGCGGCCGCCCGGGCCAUGCCUCUGCCUUGAUGGCGUCUCUCGCCGGCGUCUUCGUGUGGGACGAGGAGCGAAUCCAGGAGGAGGAACUGCAGAGAUCCAUUAAUGAGAUGAAAAAGUUGGAGGAAGUGUCAAGUGUAUUUCAGAGCUCUGGGGUUGAGCGCCGCCUUCCAGAACCAAAAUCCCAGACAGAAGAGGAUGAAGACUCGAAGGUCAGAGAGCAGCCGUGGGAAAUGGUGAUGGACAAGAAGCACUUCAAGUUGUGGCGGCGCCCCAUCUCGGGCACCCACCUGUACCAGUACAGAGUUUUUGGAACCUACACAGAUGUGACACCUCGGCAGUUCUUCAACGUUCAGCUGGACACUGAGUAUAGAAAAAAGUGGGAUGCCCUGGUGAUCAAGCUGGAGGUGAUUGAGAGGGAUGCAGUGAGUGGUUCUGAGGUUCUUCACUGGGUGACCCAUUUUCCUUAUCCAAUGUAUUCUCGGGAUUAUGUUUACGUUCGGCGGUACAGCGUGGAUCAGCAAAACAAUGUCAUGGUGCUGGUGUCACGUGCCGUGGAGCACCCUAGCGUACCAGAGUCUCCGGAAUUCGUCAGGGUCAGAUCCUAUGAAUCCCAAAUGGUUAUCCGUCCCCAUAAGUCAUUUGACGAGAAUGGUUUUGACUACAUGUUGACAUACAGUGACAAUCCGCAGACUGUGUUUCCGCGCUACUGUGUCAGUUGGAUGGUUUCUAGUGGCAUGCCAGAUUUCCUGGAGAAGCUGCACACUGCGACCCUGAAGGCUAAGAACAUGGAGAUCAAAGUAAAGGACUACAUCUCAGCAAAGCCUCUGGAAGUGAGCAGCGAAGCCAAGCCCUCUGCGCAGGCCUCCGAGCGAAAGAACGAAGGCAGCUGUGGCCCGGCCCGCAUUGAGUAUGCUUGAAGGGUUCUGGCUUGAGAAGCGAAAGGUACUCCCAGGCCUGUUUUGGAUACUUACCACAUCUGCAGCACGGAGACGAGCCACGAGUGUUGGAAGGCAUCUGCUGGAAAGACAGUGCAGGACCGGUCUCCUGACUACUUCUGGUAUCAUUUGGAGCCUUGCUGUGCUCUGUUGGAGAGAGGGUGGAUUCCGAGGAGGCCUUGUCCUGUUCUCAGUCAACCAUCCUGAAAUUCAGUGUCCCACUGAGCUCAGCAGCCCUUGCUUCUCAGGCUGCUGAGGGGGACGAUCAUUUGCCUCCUGAGGAGCCCCUCGCUGACAUUCCAAGCUCUGCUAUCGGCCGUGCAGCGCUUGGGCCUCCUCCAGCCCUGUGGUCACCUUGAGAGGGUGGCUAGUGGUUUGCUGCUCAGCAGGAUUCAUGGGCAGUGCUCUUGGUAACAGUCCUGGUGCGAAUGGUGUGAAUGAUACGUGGCCGUGCCAAGUGCCUUGUCCUUACCUCACUUUUAUCUUGAGGGACAUGAAGUUUGUACCAAGACAUUCUCCAGUAAAGUACGUCCCACCUACUUGACUGGACCCCAAAGUUCUCUUGAACCAGCCAGGGGUGUUGCUGCACUGCUUGGCAAUGAUUCCUGUUCUGGGUCAUUGCUUCCUUCCUCACUUGAGCCAUCUGCCAGGAACACUGGAGUUGCACCCUCCCGGACAGCGGCUUCUGUGUCAACGAUGGUGACAGGGCCAGUGGGAAUGCUCAUUAGAGCCUCACAUUUAAAUCCAAUUUAAUUUUUUAAAUGUUGGUGUCCAAAAGGAGUGAGAUUUUUCCUGAGUCACUGUUCUGAAAAGUUUGAUUCAGGUAUUAUUUUCCCUACUUUGGGUUGUCUAAUCUUCCUUGGAAGGCUAACAACAGAAUAGUGAGGCUCGACUGCCACCGGAACACUUGGAGCUGAAGGCUGGCUCUGUGGCCAGAUGCUGAUGGAGUGCGAAUGUGGCAUAUGCGACCCCCUCAUUGCUCUACAAAGUGUUUCCUCUCCCCAGAGCUAAAGUAAAGGCAGGAUACGGUCACUCCCAGGUGGUAUUGGCUUGGCCUCAAUGGUUUUGUUUGUGCUCGUGUUGCGAUCUCUUGGGAGGAUAGGGAUCAAGUUUUAAAUCCUCUGUUCUGGAGUUUAAAUGGCCGAAUUCCACUUUUUUUCUGCUUGCUACUUUAUUGUGUUGAGAAAGGAAUCUAAACCAGAGACUAAUUUAAGCCCCUCCUUGACCUCGUUGCCUGUUCAGUUUUGUGCCAAGGACUAAUUGCUGUCCCAGUGUUGGAGCCCUGUCCGUGUACAGCACAGCAGACCUGCCACGAGGUGGCCUGUCUUCCCCAGGACCUCACAGAAGCA